AUUUGUAUUUAAAACGUUCAUGAUGAAGUUCAUCCUGAUGUGCCUGUUUCCAGCAGUUUACCUCCUUUGCUUUGUUCUGCAAGGAACUUCCGGAGGAGUUGGAAACAUGUUCGACGUUAGAUACUGGAAGUGCUUUCUGAAAAAGUCCUACCAAUGCCCGGAUAACGAUAUCAGAUUUUAUCUAUACACUCAUGAAUCAGGAGCAAAACGUAAAAGGAUCGACAUCAGAAACAAUCUGGCACUUAAGUACAGCGGAUGGGAACCGGACAGGAAAAACGUUAUAAUCGUGCACGGAUUUAAUGGGACCGAAAGUAAAACACCGAUGACCAUCCUAAGAAACGCGUACGUGUCGAGAGGCGAUUACAAUGUGUUCACAGUGGAUUGGAAACCCCUGACACAAUUUCCGUGCUAUUUGUCAUCGUUGUCCAAUACAAGGUUGGUGGCCAAGUGCACGGCCCAACUGUACGCUUACAUCAUGGAUCUAGGUGGUUACGCUGAGAAAACGACGUGCGUUGGGCAUUCCUUGGGAGCUCACAUCUGCGGCAUGGUCAGCAAUCAUCUGGACGUCAAACAGCAUCGAAUUGUUGGUUUGGAUCCGGCGAGGCCUCUUGUCUCACAAUACGGUUCAUCCGAAUUUCGACUAUCCCCAGAAGAUGCUCACCAGGUGCAAAUAAUCCAUACGAAUUCGGGAUUUCUAGGGGAGACCAAUCAGGUCGGACACGUGGAUUUUUGCGUGAACGGCGGCAGAAAUCAGCCCGGAUGUAAGGGACACAAAUUACGUGUUGCGCGCUGUAGCCACUUCCAAAGCGCGUGUUACUUUGCGGCGACGGUGCGACAAGGUAACCUUAUGAUUGGUAAACCUUGCACGGCGCAAUGUCCGAAGAGGACGAGUAAUUGGGGUCUUCUUCCUGGAAAACCUAUCCCAAUGGGACACGAUACACCCUUCAGUGCUCGAGGGACGUAUUGUGUCCAUAGUCGAAGCGACAGUGAUUGCCCUUUCAACUAAACUCCA